AUGUCGGCUCUUAGGAUAUCUACUACUUUGUCGCGUAAAGCGCUCACUGCGUGUCGACCGCGACUGUUCAUUGGUGUCCGCGCCAGCGUGCGCCCCCUGCAGCCAUUCAGUACCAGCACCACUAGAUACUCCCUAACCACACCAUCAGCAACUCUCGCACCUAAGAUCGAUCGCAGCCGCUCAAAGCUAUACAAAGAUGCCGAUGCCGCCGUUGCCGAUAUCAAGAGUGGAUCGACGAUCCUUAGCUCUGGGUUCGGUCUUUGCGGAGUCGCCGAAACCAUCAUCAAUGCUAUGCACCGUCGGGGCGCUGAUCAAUUGCACUCCCUGACGGCCAUUUCUAACAAUGCCGGUUCCGCGGCGGGAGGCCUUUCGAUACUCUCGAAGAAUGGCCAGAUCAACCGUCUGAUCCUUUCAUACCUCGGGAACAAUAAGGCGUUGGAGAAGAAGUACUUGACGGGACACACGGCUAUUGAGCUCUGUCCACAGGGUACUUUGGCUGAACGUCUUCGUGCUGGGGGUGCUGGCAUUCCGGCUUUCUAUACCCCGACUGGAGCCCACACUUUUAUUCAGGAGGGAAAAAUCCCCGUUCGCAUGGAUGAGUCUGGUAAAGUUCUGGAGUCUGGCAAGGCGCGCGAGACCCGAGAGUUCAACGGCAAGACAUAUCUCAUGGAAGAAGCCUUGACCGGAGAUGUAGCUAUUCUCAGAGCCUGGAAGGUGGACGAGGCUGGUAACUGCGUGUUCCGAUAUACUACCAAAGCAUUUGGCCCUAUCAUGGCCAAAGCCGCAACAUUGACUAUUGUGGAGGCCGAGAACAUCGUCCCAGUUGGCGCUAUUGAUGCUAAUGAUGUGGACCUGCCGGGUAUCUACGUGGAUCGGAUCGUUCCUGCCACGGACGACAAGCACAUUGAAAACAAGAAGUUGCGCCAGGAGCCCUCUGUAGCUGGGCCUACUAAAAGUGCGGCUCAGCUUCAGAGAGAACUGAUUGCUCGUCGGGCGGCUAAGGAGCUUAAACCGGGAUUCUACGUGAAUCUGGGCGUUGGUAUUCCCACGUUGGCACCAUCGUUCUUGCCAAAGGACGUGAAGGUCUGGAUCCAGUCGGAGAAUGGUAUCUUGGGAAUGGGUGAUUAUCCCACGGAGGAAACACUGGAUCCCGAUAUUAUCAAUGCCGGAAAAGAGACCGUUACCUUGGUUCCUGGAGCCGCCACAUUCGACAGCGCCGAGUCCUUCGGCAUGAUUCGCGGAGGCCAUGUAGAUGUGUCUAUUCUUGGUGCGCUGCAAGUGAGUGCCAAUGGCGACCUGGCCAACUAUAUGAUUCCCGGCAAGAUAUUCAAGGGUAUGGGAGGAGCAAUGGAUUUGAUCUCGAACCCGGACAAGACCAAGAUCGUGGUUGCCACGAGCCAUGUCGCUAAAGAUGGAACGUCUAAGAUUGUACAAAAGUGCACUCUGCCGUUGACUGGUGCCAAGGUUGUUAGCACCAUCAUUACAAACCUGUGUGUCUUCCAGGUGAACCGGGCCACCGGAGAACUCACACUGACGGAGCUUGCUCCGGGUGUUGAGGUGGAAGAAGUACAAAGCAAGACGGAUGCCAAGUUCACCGUUGCCGAUACACUUGAGAUCAUGGAAUAA